GUCCGGCUUCUCACAGCUGUCUCGCGCCGCCGGCUCGGCUGAGAGCGGUCAGCGGACCGGCUGGCUGGCGCCGUGGGGAGACCGCGGUGGCUGGGCGCCUGCGCUGGGGCGGCCGGGCGCUCCCCAUAUAUCCGGGGCCGCCACCUCCGGCCGGAGACCAGCACAGAGCCCCGGGCAGACCACACCGCCAUCGGACGUCCCCCGGCCGACACAACAGCACAGUUCAGGAUGACCAGCUCCGUGGGACGAUGGGCGGUGCGGCUGCUGCUCUGUCUCACAGCGAUCACAUCACAGAUCCUAGCGAGGGCACCGCCAGGUCGGAUGAGCAGACGAGCUCCUGCAUCUACCGAACUGGGCGAGUUCCUACAGCUGGGGGAGGCCACCGGCCCGCUGAAGACGACCCGCCAGUCGGGCUCAGCGAUGAUUGAGUGCGAGUUCAUGGGCUCACCGCCGCCUGUGGUCCAGUGGCUCAGGGGGAAGGCCGUCCAUGCCCAGGACCGGGCGAGUGACAAGCUCGCCGAGCUGCGGAGCGAGCUGUCGGGUAUGGAGCCUCUGCCGCUGGACUCGGCCACAAGUAUCGGGGCGACCCGCGCCCGGCUGUACCUCGACUGUGUCAGCCCCUCUGAUCAGGGCGAGUAUACCUGCCAAGGAAGAACGCCCAGUGAGGUCGCCAGCUCCACAACGCAGCUCUACGUUACAGAGCCGCUGAGCGAGGAGUCCAUCCUGGCCUGCGAGGAGGCCAAGGGCUCGCCGUUCCAGGCUGUCCGCGUCGUCCAGUGGCGACCAAAGAUUCUCGCCAUGAUGGGCACCCAGGCUCGCUUGGUUUGCAUCACCAGCGGCUUCCCAGCGCCAUCUAUUAGCUGGACACGGAACUACCAGCCGCUGGAGACCGGAUCGGGCAGAAUCACGGUGACCCCCAGCGGGGACUUGAUCAUCGACGACCUUCAGUGGUCCGACAUGGGCCAGUACCAGUGUAUCGCCAGCAACGAGAUCUCGUCCGACUCAGUGACGACCUUCCUCUACCCGUUCAAGGCCGGUAAGUAGACGGCAGCUGCUGUGGCACACCGUUGGAGGCGUCUCAUGGAUUGACGAGAGCCGUGGACUGAACUGUCGUGUGAACUCCGAGACGGUCCGAGCCAGGCCAGCCAGUCCUCGAGCCGGACCCAGAGUUGGAUCCACCAGUCGGACCCCCGGGUCCCGGAGGCGGACCCACCAGUCCACGAGGCGGGUCCGCCGGUCCCCAAGCCGGACCCGUCCGUUCCCGAGUCGGGUUCGCCAAUCCGAGAGUCGGGUCCGCAUCAGCCACCAGAUGAGACACCCGUUCCGACACAGUGAUCACAUACUGUGCUAGUCCACCCAUUGUUAUGAUUAAGGCCAGCGACUCAGAGUCGGCGGCAAUCGCAUACUGUGAAGAUACGUUGUGUUCUAUGAAUUGAAUUCAGUGAUGAAAUACACAAUCAAUGUGCAA